AUGGCUGCCAUCGGCCCGGCCCCGCGCUGGAGGCGGCCACUGCUCAGAGCAGCUCUCUGCGCAGUGGCAUUGGGUGCUGGAAGUGCAGGGUUCAUCUCGGUGUCAACCGGGCGCGCGGCCCCAUCUACGGAUUUGCCGAAGUCACAUCAGGUCAGGCCGGCAGCUGGCGACCUGGACUCAAGCGGCUCAAGCUUGGUCUCCGCCUCUGCGGCCUCUGCGGCGUUGCCCUUCGCGAUGUUGGCCGUGCUGGCUGCGAGGUCGCAGUCUCGGCACAGAAGUACCAGGAGGGCAGAAGAAAAGAAAGGAUCACUUCAGCAGCUGUUGGGCAUGAAGGGGGCCAGCGAAACCGAUGAUGAGCCGCUGUGGAAGAUCCGGCUUCAGCUCUGCAAGCCAGUCACCUGGCCGCCGCUGAUCUUCGGCGUCAUUGCAGGCGUGUGUGCCAGUGGCAACUUUGACUGGUCAACAGCAGGUCCAGAGGAGUAUGCAAAGUUCCUCUUGUGUGUGACGCUGUCCGGUCCAGUCCUGGUUGGCUACACGCAAACACUGAAUGACUGGUACGACAAGGAUCUGGAUGCUAUCAACGAGCCCUACCGCCCGAUUCCCUCUGGCCGCAUCACAGAGGAAGAAGUCUGGCAGCAGAUCUACGUUUUGGGCGGCCUGGGCUUAGGAAUGGCGGCGGCACUGGAUAUCUGGCAGGGCCAUUGGCCUCCGACGGUUUUUGCCGUGGCGGUUGUGGGUGUCUUCAUGGCUUACAUAUAUUCGGCCCCACCGCUAAAGCUGAAGCAAAACUGGAUCUCCGGCUGCUAUGCCUUGGGUUCUAGCUACAUAGCUUUGCCGUGGCUGGCUGGGCAGUGCACGUUCGGUCAGGCGACACCGGAAAUCAUCGCACUGACUCUUUGGUACUCAGUCGCGGCUGUCGGCAUUGCCAUUGUCAACGACUUCAAGAGCGUGGAAGGAGAUGCGAAGCUGGGGCUUUCCUCCGCUCCAGUUGUCUUUGGGGUGGACACCGCAAAGUACAUGGCACCGAUCAUCAAGGACUCAGUCCAGCUCACCAUUGUCGGGUAUUUGCUUUACAUUGGUGAGACGAACUAUGCGCUUGGACUGCUUGCGUUGAUCCUGCCGCAGAUCUACUUCGCGAAGACGUUAUUUCUUGAGGAUCCCAUAAAGAACGAUGUGAAGUACCAGGGAUCAUCCUUGCCUUUCUUCAGCAUUGGAACAAUUGUGGCGGCUUCCGCGAUUGGCAACAACCCGUUGCAUUGA